UCUCUCUAGUGAUCCAGCUAUUGCUUUAAGACCAUCUAGCUAGAAAAGUGGGUGGUUUUCCUCUCUCUCUCUCUCUCUCUCAAGACUGCAUAACUUUUUUCUUUUUCCUCUCCUUUUUUGUUUCCGUCUUAAUCCAUGGAUAGUACGGCUCACUGGCCUCAGGGUAUUGGAGUGGUUAAACCCAUGGAGGCAAGUACUUCAAAGCAGGCUAAUAAUAAUAAUAAUAAUAAUUCUAAUAAUAUGUUAGAUCAAAGAUCAAGAGCAAGGCCUCAAAAGGAUCAAGCUUUGAACUGUCCAAGGUGUAACUCAACCAACACCAAAUUCUGCUACUACAACAAUUACAGUUUGACUCAGCCUAGAUACUUCUGCAAGACUUGUAGAAGGUAUUGGACUGAAGGUGGGUCCCUCAGAAAUGUUCCUGUGGGUGGUGGCUCAAGGAAGAACAAGAGAUCAUCAUCAUCAACAACAAUAACUUCUUCUUCAUCUAACUCUUUGUUACCAAUAUCUUCAGCUCCAAAGAAACUCAAUGUUGAUCAUCAUCACAUAAUACCACCACCAAGCUUAAAUUUCCCACCUGAUCAGAACCCUAAAAUCCACCAUGCCCAAGAUCUCAACCUAGCUUAUCCACCAACAAGUAGUCAUCAUGAUCAUCAUCAUCAUCAUCAUCACAACAGUAUCUCUACAUCAUUUGUGGAACUUCCAUACAAUAGUACCACCCGUAUUGAUCAUAACAAGAUCAGCCACACCCAAAACCCUAGCACUACUAUGGAGCUUCUCAAGACGGCAGCUUCAAGGGAUCAUGGCAGCGGCUUGAUCGGUUCAUUCAUGUCGAUGCCGGUUAAUAAUCCAGAUCAUCAUAACUCCAACACAAUGUUCUCAACUGGGUUUCCUAAUUUGGCUCAAGAAUUCAAGCCUUCCCUUAGUUUUGGUCUUGAUCAUCAUCAUCAUCAUCAUCAUCAUGGUUACAAUAUGGAUGAUCAUCAAGAUGGGAAUCUCCAUGGGGUUCAAGAGAGUAGUACUACUGGUGUGAGGCUCUUGUUUCCUAGUACUGAUGAUCAGGAUUUGAAGCAAGUUUCCAGUACUACCACAACUACGAAUACUCAUGAUCAUGAUCAUGAUCAUCAUCAACAUCAACAUCAUCAGUUUGAGCUGAAUAUCAAAGGGCAAGGAGAUAUUUCCAACGGGUAUAAUUGGAAUGGAAUGUUAGGUCAUGGAGGUUCGUGGUAAAUAAACAGGAAAAAAAAAAAACAGACGUAACAUUUUGGACAUGAAGGUGGAGAUUUUUAAUUGUUUCAUGAUUUUAUUUUUCUUUAGUGCGUGGCUUGAUGCUCAUCAAAUUACUAACAGAUUAGGGUACAUUUGGGUUCUUUCUCGCUUUUUGUACUUUUUUUCUUUGAAAAAAUAUCUAUUUUAUUUAUUUAUUUUUCUUUUAACCUUUUUUCUUCUUUUAGUGUUUCUUUUGGUGUUUUAAAUCAAUGUGGGAUGUUUUGAAGCUAUAUUUUAGGUCAGCUUCAAGGGUGUGGUGCAGUGCUGUAUUCGUAAAGGUAGAAAAAGAAAACAAAAAACAAAAAAAGGCCACCAAGCAAGUCUUUCAUCUCAUAUUUCUCCUUUUUAAGGCUUCAUCAGGAUCAUCGUCAAGAAGAUAAUGCACCCAUGGCCUUCUGAUCAUCAUGCCUUUCAUGAUCUGCCACAGCUAGCAAUAGUUUGAGACUUUUAAUGUACUACUACUUCUUUAUGAGUUCGUGUACUAAAUAAUUAUAUACAUAUAU